AGGAGGAAAGCUUACACUUAGGGUAUCCUGCUUUAAAUAUCAUGUUAUUAAUUUGUUACUCCUUCUAAACUCCUUAAUAAAAAGUAAGGAACGUUACUAUAGCUUAUCAGCAGUGCUCUAACGAUAAUGCCUUGCUUUUAUUAAAUUUGUUUCUAUACAAUUUGAUUUGGUAAAGUUAGCUUCAUGGCUGUGUGUGGAGAAGCUUUUCCUCGUUACCUUUCAUUCUUAAUCGAAGUUUCUCUCUUCUUCUCCUCCUCUAUAGAACUCCAGCUUUAUGUAAUUUUGUAGGGUUUCCCCAUUUCUUCAACUUAGCGAAUUUGAGUAAUUCAUCUGGUAAUUCACGGCAACGCCAACCUAAAUUCAAUCAGAAAAGCAGCAAAGUCUCCAUAUCUUUUUCUUCAUCCCAACUCGUGUUUGCCUUUACAAGAAGUCUAUUCGCCAAAAGAGGGAGAUUGUGCUUUUGUCUCUGCAGCUUCCGGAGUGGUUGGGUAGAUUGUUGGUCAACUUUCAAAAUACAUGGUUGUUAUGUUGUUGGUAGUGCUGGCACAAAAGAAAAGGAUGGCUGUUGCUAUGCUUGUCAAGAGACAUGCUGAUGGAUUGCUAUCUAAUGAUGACUACAACAUUGAGCUUGAGGAUCAAAGAGGGCAGAAGGUUGGAUUGCUACCUAUUGAUAACUACAAUAUUGAGCUUGAGGAUCUAAGAGGGCAGAGGUUAAUAUUGGUUCUGACAGAUCAAAGAUAUGUGUUUGCUGAUUGCAAGCUAUUGGAAAUAAUGAUGGGUCUUACGCUGCGUAUAUACAAAAGGAAAGCAGCUAAUGAGAACACAUCAAUACAAAGAGGCAUUAGAGGUGCUUGAAAUGGGAGAGGUUAGUGGCAGCACGUCAAUGCAGGAAGUCUAUUAUGAAUAAGAAAUUAUUUUGUCAAGCAAAUUCGAUUUUUUGGGUAACUCUGUUCUGAAUAUGAAGUUCUUAACACGAGAUCCAUUGUGUUUUUUUCAGAAGGUUUUUUUUUUUUUUUUUUUUUUUCUGUGACUCGAAACUCAUAAAGGCAUUAGUCAUUCCUUUUCUCCCCGAGUUUUCAAAUCUUGCUUUCAAGGUCUCCUGUAAUAUGUUGUACCUGUACAUAGCUUAAACCUUAUGAAAUCUAUGUCACCUAAUAUUUUGUGUU